AUGCUAACGGCAGGUGAUGGCUUCGUAGCAUUAAAAUGGCGCCAUGGGAGCUAAGCUUAGAGAGGAGAGCCCCCCCCCCCCCCGUGGCUGUGACGUCAGGCGGCUGUGACGCAGGACCUCUGACCCUGCAGGAUCCCACGUGCUGUGUGAUGGAGGAAAGCAGCAGCAGCGGCACGCGGAGCGGCGCGCAGACACCAAACAUGAAGGAGAAAGAACCGGAGAAAAGCGUGAAAAAGAGGAAUAAAGAAGAAGAGGAGGAAGAGAUCUUUGACUUUACAAAGAAAUCUCAGGAGGAGGAUGAAGAUGAGGAUGAUGAGGAUGCUUCAGACAGCGAUGACAGCGUCUUCUCAGGACUGGAGGAUUCUGGGAGUGAUGAAGACGAGGAGGAGGAAGAAUUAUCAGAUGAUGAAGAAGAAGAUGGAGUUGAAGAGGAAGUAGAUCUGAAGGUGGAGCCACGGCACACUCCGCAGGUAGAGACGGGGAAAGUGAAGAAGACAGAGACGGACGAGAUGGAGGGAGGAGUGACGGAAGAAGCGAAGCGAGAAGACGAGUACGUCCACGACUCUUCUGAUGAGGAGGACAUCAGGAACACGGUGGGGAACGUCCCGAUGGAGUGGUACCGGGACUUCCCUCACAUUGGCUACAACCUGGACGGAAAGAAAAUCUACAAGCCAAUCAGGAACAAGGACGAGCUCGACGACUUCCUGGACAAGAUGGAGAACCCCGACUACUGGAGAACCGUCCCCGACAAGCAGACAGGAAGUGAUGUCGUGCUGUCAGACGAGCAGGUACAGCUGGUCAACCGUCUCCAGAGAGGACAGUUUGGAGACGCCAACUUCAACGAGUACGAGCCCCAGGUGGAGUUCUUCAGCCGGGACGUGAUGCUCCACCCGGUCACCAACCGGCCGGCUGACAAGCGGAGCUUCAUCCCGUCUCUCAUCGAGAAGGAGAAGGUGUCGAAGCUGGUGCACGCCAUAAAGAUGGGCUGGAUCAAACCACGGCGGGUGGAGGACGACAGCAGGGGGCGCUACUACGACCUCUGGGCCAAUGAGGACUCUUCUAUUCUGGCCCGACACAAGAUGCACCUCCCCGCUCCCAAAAUCCCUCUGCCGGGUCACCAGGAGUCUUACAACCCGCCACCAGAGUACCUGUUCACCAACGAGGAGCGGGCCAUGUGGGAGCAGCAGGACCCAUGUGACAGGAAGUUACCGUUUGUCCCCAGGAAAUUCUCGAGCCUUCGUCAGGUUCCUGCGUUUUCUCGGUUCAUCCACGAGAGGUUCGAGCGUUGCCUGGACCUUUACCUGUGUCCCCGCCAGAGGAAGAUGAGGGUGAAUGUGAAUCCCGAGGAUCUGAUUCCCAAACUUCCCAAACCAAAAGACUUGCAGCCGUUUCCAACAACACAGUCUCUGGUACACGGACACUCACACUCUGUGUGUGUGUCUGCAGGUGAUCAUGUGAUCUGUGGGAGUUACGACUGCCGGCUGAGUUGGUUCGAUCUCGACCUCUCGACCAAACCUUACAAGAUGCUACGGCACCAUAAGAAGGCGGUGCGGGGCGUGGCCUAUCACCGCCUGUACCCGCUGUUCGCCUCCGCCUCCGACGACGGAGCUGUCAUCGUCUGUCACGGGACCGUCUACAAGUAAUACACGCAGUACUACACACAGUACUC